AUGAACGAAGGUACAAUCAUUGAUCUCCCCAUUUGGAUCGCAGACGUGCUCUCACAGUCUGAAUACGACCCGUAUUCCGGCAACCAAGAGUGUUUUGUGACCGUCAAGAUCCCGCACGCUCUCAAGCCCAGUGUCUUGAACGCUCUCAAAACGGAUGCUCCUGGCGUCGAUCUUCGAUACCAGUCUCCUCUCUUCUUUGCCCUGGCCAUCUACUACCUAGAGCUCUUUGAAGACGAGGAACUGGAGACUAUUAUCGCCACAGCCAUGGCCGAGCGGAUAUCGGAUAUUUAUGACAAUGUUGGCCGACGAGGAGAGUUUGUACACAAGUACGAUGAAUUUGAGAAGAUGUUGUACAAAAAGGGGUGUGCCUCGAGACGGGCGUAUAAGGAGUACAUGGCGACGAUUAAGUAUUAA